GCUAAAUAGUGCGUCCCCCUCUCUUGGCCAAACAAGACGCAGCUCGGAGCUGGAGCGACGCCCCCACGUGAUCUGUACACAGCGUCGCCACCACCACCGUCGUCGUCGCCGUCGCCGCCGCCGUUAGUAAACGAAUGUUUGUUUUUUCAAUCAGUGUUACACUUUAGCUGCGAGUAAAUAGUGUGUGUGUGUGUACCCCACCCAUAGGGGACCUGUUGCUGCUGUGUGUUUGUGCAAGAAAUUUGUACCAAGAUGCGGUGAGUGGUGAUAACGGAGUGUUGUGCCUCUGCCGCUAAUUGAUCGAUACUUGCUGAUAACAUGAGGAGUACCUCAGCGUGACCAUGUUGUCCGGAAAGCUAUCGUACUCGGACACUGUGGCGAUCAGCAGCGGGGGCGGAGGGGGUGGCGCCAUGAGCAGUAACUCUGUCGUGAACUCCAUGAGCCCCAUGACGCCCACGUACAGCAUGAACUCGAUGAGCUGUGUGUCCAUGAACUCGUGUUCUCCACAGACGGCGGCUACUUUCGGCUCCAACAUGCUCGGUUCCGCCAUGGGCUCCAUCAACAUGAACGGCAGCUGCAUGUCCUCCACAGGCAUGGGCUACAGCUCGCCCAUGGGUAACAUGAACGGCGUUGGAUCCUGCAUGGGGAGCAUGGGCUCCAUACAGGGCUACAACGGGGCCCUGGCGCCCGUCGGUUCCAUGGGGGUGGGACGCGGAGAGUUGGGCGCCGUUCCCGGAGACGCCGGCUCUCCCAAUUCGGCCGCCGCUCUGCAGAGGGCACGCAACGACAAGACAUACCGCCGGAGUUACACGCACGCCAAGCCUCCCUAUUCCUACAUCUCGCUCAUCACCAUGGCUAUCCAGAAUGCUCCUAGCAAGAUGCUCACCCUCUCCGAGAUCUACCAGUUCAUUAUGGAUCUGUUCCCUUUCUACCGGCAAAACCAGCAACGCUGGCAGAACUCUAUUCGCCAUUCCCUGUCCUUCAACGACUGUUUCGUAAAGGUGCCGCGCACUCCAGACAAGCCAGGAAAGGGCUCCUUCUGGACGCUGCAUCCAGACUCGGGUAACAUGUUCGAGAACGGCUGCUACCUGAGGCGCCAGAAACGUUUCAAGGAUGACAAGAAGGAAGCGCUACGCCAGGCCCAUAAACAGUCGCCCACCCACCAACCGCAGUCCUCCGACGGCAAGAAGACGCCGCAACAACACGAAGAGGGCCACCACAAGGACAAAUCCGCAGGGUCAAGCGGCGGUGACCCGAGCCUGGUCCCGAUGUUGGGGCUGCACCCACCUAAAGUGGAGACGGACCCCAUGGCGGGACUCCUGCACCAGGCGGGCUCGGAGCUGUGCGGCCUGGCGCCCCAACCGGAGUCCCAACAAGCCCAGCAGCAUCUUGGCCAGCAUCAGCAGCAUCAACAGGGGCAACACAGCCUGCAGCAACACGAGGAACUGGCUGCCAUGGUGGGCCGCUGUGCGCACCCUCACCUGCCCCUGUCGGCAGAGCACCACCAGGCCAUGUUGCAACAUCACAGCGGUCACCACCCGCACCUGAAGCAGGAGCCCAGCGGCUACUCCGUGUCCAACCACCCCUUCUCCAUAACCCGCCUCCUGCCCGCGGAGAGCAAGAACGACAUCAAGAUGUACUCUGAGAUGUACGCCGCAGGCUACAACCCUCUUAGCCCCCUACCGAACGCCGUUCACCCCGCACACUCGGGGGCAGCGCUUGCAGCCCAGGACCCGUACUACCAGAGCUCGCUGUACCACCACGCACCGGCGGGGGCUACCAGCUUGUGACAGUACCCGCUCGCCUAAACCUGGCAACGGCAACAAGUGUGGAGUGUGCAGACAGACUUGGCCACUUCGCGCAGUGGUGCAAAUGCGAGGUGAGCGCAAACGGUGCUUGAAAUGGCUCGUCGUCACUUUUAUACUGAUCACAACUAUUCAAUCUGUAAAUAAACUACGUUGCGUGUGUUAUAAAUGUUACAUAAGGUCGAAUAUUUAAAGUUAUAAUUUGCUUUUAAACUCCCCGACAAAGUGUCACAGUUUAAACAAAUUUAAGUGGGUUAAAAGGUAGAGAAGUUUCACAUAUUUUUUAAUUCGUGUAACAUCACGUAAUGACGUCUGCUAGAGACAGAGCCGUAACUGGGCGCACUGACUCUGUCCACUGCUGCCAUUGGGUGCAUCUUCUCACUAGGCCUAUGUCCACCAACUGGAUAAAAAAUGGCGCACUUCCCUUCCUGGAAUCUCAGUUUGAUCUAAAUAGAAUUUCAACGUAUGGUGCCAAUGGAUAUUGUGACGUUAACAAUUCACCGUCAUAUAAUUUCUAGGCAUGUAGGCGAUGCCUCUGUUCGUAUUAAGGGAAUUUCAAUCCAGUGUUUUCAGGACUGUAGGGCCUAAUCACAUCGCGUAAUUCAGCCUUUCUUUCUAAUGACUGAGAGGCGACUGUGGAAAGGAAAUAAUCUUAACCAUCAGUUGCCCUGUAAGAGAGUGUGCAGUUAUAGUAGACAGGAUAUUUAUCUGAAGUCAAAAUUUGUCUGUGGUUAGUCUUCAUACAAAUUUUAAAAGUGACUUCAUUUGUCAGUUUGCACCCUGUAAUGUUAGUCUCAUGUCUGCCGUACGCCUGUAUGGGCCGGCUCGGAGGAAUUCUCACUCCUACUGCUAGCCAAUUAAAGACCGACUUUCUUGUAAAAACUAUAUAACAAUUCAGUUCGUACCUCACAGGAAACACAUCACCUCUCCGAUUCAAAGCCCAGCCGGUUAAUGCUGUUUAGGGGAACGGUCGCUGCUUACUGUGAGGACCAUACGGAAUUCAUAAAUACACUGUGUGGGCAGAAUACAGAGUUUUAGAAUGUUAAAGCAGGUGACCCCUGGGCUAUAAAGGGUCAAAAUUGAAUUUUUAAAUUUGUAAGGAGCUGUUUGUGUAGCAAUAUAACGUAAUAAUGUGCUAUUUACACAGAAGGAAACAGAAUUUGUGAACUCCUUUGUAUGUUCAGCUUAUAAUUUUCCACCAAAUUUUUCCUUACAUACGCAUCUUACUUUCAACAUAAUGUCAUAUGUUAGCUACAUAAUCGCAUGGCUUUUAAAAAGGAAUUCCGUUCUCAUUUAAGAUUCAGCUAAGAUAUAUUAUUUAAAUUCUAUAUCUUUAAAAAAGUAAUGAUUUAACAUUGCCUUCUAAAUGUGAAACUUGCUUCACAGUGAAAGUCCAGGCGAAACUUAAACCACUCUUCUGUGUAUAAUUUUGGAAUUUAACCACUAGAAGUGAGGACAAUCCAUGCUUCUUUCUUUCAAGAAACUGCAACCACAACUUACAGAAAUAUAACAUGAAAAUAGAAAGCUGAAAGCAGAAAAUAUUCUAUUAGAAGAGACAGCCUCAAACACGAAACAACUUUGUUAUUAAUAAUUCCAUUUUUGAAUUUGUAAACAACGGCCGCCGCUCCGACGAAACGUCCAUCCUCUUGCCACUUCAACGAGCUCAGAAUAUAGAACCCUGUCACCAGGCCUCAGAAACUGAGAGAGAUUUUGGGCACAAAUUAUUCCGGUGGGAGGUCCUCAUGGCGGUUGCUGGUAGAUACCAGCUAUUUGCAGAUAGACGAAUAUUGUUCGGAAUGUUUGUACCCACGUGCCAGACUGUACGGUAUUACAAUCGAGACGAGAGUCUAGGUGCUCUUUUCAAGAAGAAAUUCUAAGAAAAGCAGAUUCGUACUAUGUGGACACAAGCAAUAAGGCAAUUAUUUUAACUGAUGGUUCUCUAAAGAGGGGAAAGCUUGUAUCGAGCAAUGAUUUCCCAUAUGGGCUAGACCUGCACUUCCGGUAGAGUAACUUCUGUGUACGAGGGUAGGGGGUUCAGCUGUCGCCUCUCGAAGUCGUGACUUAUCAUUAAUUACCAAAGUAAAUAUUUUUAAGUCAAAAUUACAAGCUGAUUUCUAAUUUACUUACAGUAAGCGCAACAGCGCAUAUAGGUCCAUUAGGGCUAAGUUUGUUUGGCCUACUGAACGGAAAAUAAACGUUUCUUAGUUAUAGACCUCCUGCUAAAAUAGCGUAAUAGGAAGCCGGCCUGUAGUACAUUACUUCAAGGGAACGAAGCCCCUGAAGAACGAAGUAAUAUAAGAUCAUAUGAGGAUAAUUAAUCCAAUAUUGCACCUAGAAAUCUAUUUCGGAUGGCCUGGCAUUUUAAAGAUCUUGGAAAAAGUCCACAGUUUUCUACAGGGAAUAUCUACAUUGGUGAAAUUAAUGGUGAUAGGCCUAUUCACACAACAAAAUAUUGUGUUCUAACUGUAAUAUCCCUUCGGAAGUUUCAGGAUUUAAUUUUUAAAAUGUUCUUACACGUAUUUCACGAAAAGCAAAUUAUAGUGCCUACUAAUACAAUUAAUUCCCCUCUUUUUCUAACUGAAUUUCAUCAGAAGAAGCGCUCAUUUUCAUGUCUUCCGAUUAUAAAGCUUGAGGAAUUUGGACCGGACACACCAAGUCCCUCCAAAUGCGGCUGUGCUUCCAGCUUAACGUAAUUCUUGCCUUGAGCUGGAGUUCUGUUCAGACCGAAAUAAGCACACUGCGGUAUUUCUCAGCAGGAAAAUCAGAUUGAAAGCAAGAUGUGUAUUGUCCUUACGCUGAACAAUCAAGAUUAUCAGACCCUUAUGUAAUUUAAAAAUCAUAAUUCAGGGGAUCAGUGAGGCUUGGGCGUAGUUUCAAAACCAUCUGAAUUUGUCUCUCUGGGAUCAGCGAUUCCUAGUGCGGGGGAUAGUAGCAUAACUUGUGUACUAUUUGAUUUACUGUGAGCGUUUUGAAAAUUCACUCAAGAAUUACGUUUGAUUGAGCAGAUUAAUAUGUAGACCCAUUCCUAAUUAAGUGUAAUUAUUGUGCUUCUCAUUAUUAAAAUUUCUUCUUUAAUUAAUAUUCUCAAGAAAACCAUUGUUUCUCACCCCUUUGAACAUUUAAGUGCGCGUUUGAAAACACAACUAAAACACAAUGCAACGCGUCCUCUGACGGUAAAAUAUAAAUGUUAACCGUUUUGCUCUCAAAUAUGAAUAUUCUUCUUGGCGUGAGAGUUUGGGAUUGAACCGAAGGAGCAAUAGGCCUCUGCAGCUCUUCAACAGCCGUUCAUUGCCUCUACUGGAUAUGCACCAUUAGCAGAGCUAUGCUGGAAGUUAUAUUAGGAACCAGUUGCAACGGAACAACUUCUGAUUUCAGACGUGGGGUUUCCUAUCCAGAACAACAUGCCGAAGCGAUGCUUGGCCUCACUGACAUUUCGUGUGGGCGUGCAUAAAGAAAGAAAAUUUUAUCAGUUUUUGAUCAUACCUAUUUAAAAAUCCUGCCUAUUUCUGAACCCAGAAAAUUAACGAUUUCACUUCAGAGGAGUUUUACGGAGAAUCAAUGGCCGUAUUUCUGCUUCAUUCACAAUCAGCUCCAUUCGUAAGCUUAUCACAUGGAUUUCUCCUUUCUGGCUAGUGCUUUAAGGAAAUCUGGACCUCAAAACGUCUUCUACUGUAGGUUACUGCGACUGAGAAUCUGUUAUGAAAUGCAAAAUUAAUAAUUGACUGGAAGCAACAUUGCUUUCAGCUUGUUUCAUUUGUUCAUAUAGUUGGUCCUGUCAUAGAGAAAUAACUUCUUGGAUUAUAGAUACAGUUACAUCUGUUUCUGUCACUUGAAGCUGCAAAUUGUUGUUGGAGUUCGCACAGGGAUUACAUAAAAACCUGAAGGUGCACCCAGGCUGACUGUUGCUUUGCAUAUGAUCAAAAUAUAUUAAUUUCGACAUGAAAUUAAAGGGAGACUAUAAAAACCCAGUUCUAAUGAAGAGUGAAUAAAAUGUUGGAAGCAUUCGAGUUGAAAGUGUUGUGUUGUUUGUUUCAAAGAGAAUUAAUCUUCUUCUUAAAACACAAGGACAAGCAAACUACACCACAUUCCACGAAAGAUUUGAGCAAAUAUUUAAAGUAGCACACGCCGCUAGCUGUUUAUCGCGAGAAUAAGUCGAAAUGCAAUGUUUGAGAUGUGGAAGCAGUGCCCCAAGCAGCCGCCUAGUACAACGGCUCUGACUGUAGCUUUCAAUCCACUUAACAGGAACAGUGUUUUGUCUGUCUUUGUUUUAUUAAUCGUGUAUCCCAGUUUUCAUUAUAUUCUUAUUCUUACGAAGAAGCGGAAGAGAGCGUGUAACAACGAUUGGACGUUUGUUGUCUGUGUGUCUCACUUUGUGCACUCUUGUUAGUUCACUCGACACGAAAGUGAUGAAACUCGUUGUCAUUCGGAAAUCUCAUUUCAUAGACUUGUAGUAUAUUUUCCCGCUCUUUUAUUAUUUUUACAAUAGAAUUUGAAGUGUUGUAUAAGCUCUCGACAUCCUGAAGACGUCCCACGUUGGGGACGAAUUGUGAACAUCAAGUAGCCUAUAGAUCUGUGACUGUGAAAACCUAAGAAAGCCUAUCCAUCAGUUAGAGACGCAUCAUACACGUACAUAAUACACGUUUCUUUUAAUUGUAAUUCUGUGAUAAUUCAGAAAAAAAAAUUGAAUCGCUCGAAAUAAAACAACUUGUCGUUCAAUGCA